CAUUCACCUCACCCCCGUUCUUCGCUCAUUCCGACAAGUCAGCGUAUGAAAGAUUUCUUCAUUUUUGUUUUACCAACGAAUCUGGGCUCGGUUUUUUUUUUUUAAAGAAAUAAUCUUACAUUUCUCAGAUGCCUCUUUCGGUAGUGAGUUGCCAUAGGAAUUGAAUGUUAUCAGGCUGAAGGGAAUUGCGCCUGCCACCGGCACCAGGCACCGACUCAGACUGGCACUUGUCUCGCUAGCUAGCCGCAGCGAUUCCCAUGGAGGUUUCCUAAACUACAUUUCUCCAGGACUAAUUCCGCGUUGUUCCUUUUGCUAGUAAAGACGAGCUCUUUUGACCGUUUGUUAACGGUUGAUCCGGCAGCCUUCCCCACCCCCCCCCCACCCCCCGUCAGCAUGGCUGAAGACUCGAUGGAAAUAGAUGACUCCCUUUACAGUCGCCAGCGUUAUGUGUUGGGAGACAGCGCGAUGCACCAGAUGGCCCAGUCCGCAGUCUUUCUCAGUGGAAUGGGAGGGCUGGGAAUAGAGAUAGCAAAGAAUAUUGUCCUGGCUGGUGUGAAGGCUGUCACCCUUCAUGACGUAAAGCAGUGUGAGACCGCCGAUCUUGGCUCCAACUUCUUUAUUCACAAAGAGGAUGUGUUGAGCCAGCGGAAAAGGGCAGAGGCGGUUUGUCCUCGAGUUGCGGAGUUGAACCCUUACGUCCAUGUCGAGACAUGCAGCUCCCCGCUGGAUGACAACACCGAUCUCGGCUUUCUCCUAAAAUAUCAGUGUGUAGUUCUGACUGAAGCCAGACUGAGCCUUCAGAAGAAAGUGAACGAGUUCUGCCACUCUCAGAGCCCCCCCAUCCGAUUCAUUGGCUGUGACGCCUACGGCAUCUGCGCACGAGUGUUCUGCGAUUUCGGAGACGAGUUUGAAGUGUCCGACCCCACAGGGGAAGAGCCCAAAGAGAUUUUCAUCCAAAGCAUCACUCGUGACUUUCCCGGUGUGGUCAGCUGCCUGGACAACCAGCCUCACGGCCUCCAGACCGGCCAGAGCGUCGUCUUCAGAGAAGUCAACGGCAUGGUGGAACUCAACGGCAGCUCAAGAAAAGUGUCAGUCCUUUCCCCUCACAGUUUCGCCAUAGGAGACACAUCCCAUUUCCAAGAAUACGCGCACGGAGGUUUCUUUGUCCUUGUGAAAACUCCCAAAAUGUACACAUUUGAAACUCUCAAGAGACAGUUGUGCGAUCCUCAGGUCUUGACUCCAGACUUCAGUAAACCGGAGGCACCACAACAGAUCCACGCCGCCAUGUUGGCUCUGGACGCCUUUCAGGAACAGCACAAUCGACUUCCCAACACCGGCAGCUGUUUACUGGACGCUGAGACUUUGCUGAAGUUAACAGAGGAAGUGAAUGCAACACUCAGGAACAAAGCUGCUGUGAACGCAGAGUUGGUGCAAUGGCUGGCGAGAACGGCGAGGGGGACCCUUCCCCCGUUGGCGGCUGCCGUCGGAGGCCUCGCGAGUCAGGAGGUUCUCAAAGCCAUCACGGGGAAGUUUGCACCCCUGCAGCAAUGGUUUUAUUUUGACGCCAUUGAGGUAGUGAAGCCGCUUCACUCCCUCCCUGCCGAUGAGUUUCUUCCUCGGGGAGAUCGUUACGACGGACUCCGAGCUUGUAUUGGCGAAUCGUUGUGCGGGGAGCUGCACAAGCUCAGGGUCUUCAUGGUGGGCUGCGGUGCUAUAGGCUGUGAAAUGCUGAAAAACUUUGCCCUGCUUGGAGUGGGAUUGGCUCAAACCUCGGGAGAGGUGUGCAUCACAGAUCCAGACCUCAUCGAAAAGUCCAACCUGAAUAGACAGUUUCUGUUCAGACCACAGCAUAUACAGAAACCAAAGAGCACGACAGCGGCGGAAGCCACUCUGCAGAUCAACGCGGACCUGCAGCUGGACGCCCACCUCAACAAGGUGUGUCCCGCUACGGAGAACAUCUACAGCGACUCCUUCUACGCACGCCUGAACCUGGUGGUCACCGCACUGGACAAUGUCGAGGCCCGCAGAUACGUGGACAGCCGCUGCGUCUCCAAUCAGAGAGCCCUCCUGGACUCUGGGACCAUGGGAACGAAAGGACACACCGAAAUCAUCGUGCCAAAUUUGACGGAGUCCUACAAUAGCCAUAGGGACCCCCCAGAAGAGGAAAUUCCCUUCUGCACGCUCAAGUCUUUUCCUUCUGUCAUAGAGCACACCAUCCAGUGGGCCAGGGACAAGUUUGAGAAUGCGUUUGUCCAGAAGCCCUCCAUGUACAACACUUUCUGGCAGACCCACACCUCGGCUGAAUGCGUACUACAGAGGAUGCAGGCGGGCGAAAGUUUGGAAGGCUCAUUCGAAGUCAUCAAACUGCUUAACAGGCGGCCGCAUUGUUGGGAGCAGUGCGUCACUUUGGCCCGGCUGAAAUUUGAAAAGUAUUUCAAGAGAAAGGCUCUGCAGCUUCUUCAUGCUUUUCCACUGGACACAAAGUUAAAAGAUGGAAGUUUAUUUUGGCAGUCCCCCAAAAGACCGCCGUCUCCCAUCGAUUUUGACUCGAAAGACCCCCUGCACUUCACCUUUAUUGUCAGCACGGCCCGACUCUUCGCCGGCAUUCACAGCAUCUCUUACUCCGAGAAGGAUCUUUGCGAGCAGGCGGUGGCCGCAGUCCUCUCCCACGUGAACAUCCCCGAAUAUCAACCCUCUGUCAAAAAUAUCGAAACGGACGAGGCGGCAAAGAAACCCGAUCAGUUGAAGAUGCCGCUGAGCAGCGAAGAGGAGAGAGCGGCCAUCAGGCAACUGCAGCACGCCAUUGCCGGCGACGUUGUCAAAGCAGCCAGGUUGCGGAUGUCGCCGCUGGACUUCGAGAAGGACGACGACAGCAACGGCCACAUGGACUUCAUCGCGUCCGCGUCCGCCCUCAGAGCCAAGAUGUACUCCAUCGAGCCCGCGGACAGGUUGAAGACCAAGCGCAUCGCCGGCAAGAUCAUCCCCGCCAUCGCCACGGCAACGGCGGCCGUUGCCGGACUGGUGGCCCUGGAGCUCAUCAAGAUAGUCGGGGGUUUUGGUUUUGAGUCUUUGAAAAACUGCUUUUUCAACUUGGCCCUGCCCGCAGUGGUCUUCACGGAACCAGCGGCUGUCAAACGGACUCUCAUCAGGGAGAACAUCUACUUUUCCAUCUGGGACUGCUGGACUAUCAGCGGCCACGAGGACUUCACCUUGUCCGACUUCAUGAAUGCAGUCAGGGAGAAGUACGGAAUCGAGCCCACGAUGGUCGUCCACGGCGUGAAGAUGCUCUAUGUUCCGGUGAUACCGGGACACACAAAGAGACUGAAACUGACGAUGCAGAAGCUGAUCAAGCCGUCGGCGGGGCGCCAGUACGUGGACCUCACCGUUUCGUUUGCCCCGGAGAGAGCCGACGACGACGACCUGGCCGGCCCCCCCGUCAGGUACUACUUCGCCCGCGACGAACGCGCGCCCUGACGUGGUCCCGCGUCCCGUCUCCUUCGUGUACGCCGUCGGCGUGGCCUGGAAGCCGUGCCGGCACACGCUGCCUCUUUUUUUCUUUUUGUUUUUAUUCUGACGAGAAAGUGGACAUUGCUGAUGCCUUAAUUAAGACCCCCCUUUUUUUUUGUUUGUUUGUGUAAAGGCCGUUAAAAAGAAAAAAAAAAACCAUGUUUACAGACUGGUGCACUUCACGCACUGCCCCAAUUUCCUCAUUGUCGUUGGCGAUUUCCCCACUGGAAGACUGUCAGCUUUGGUUUAAAAAGAUGCCAGUUAUUUGCCCCGUUCAACAAAAAGACUUUCGCCGCAAUUGCAAAUGAAGUCCGUGGGGGUCGCUGAUGUUUUCCAAGCAUCGACGCAGCCGCGCUCACGUCUAUGCGCACUUCCAUAGUUGGACGUGAGCGCUGAUGUCACUUCCGAUCACACGCAAGCAACUUUUUUUUUUUUUCUGGCGGCGCCGACUGUUUUUUCUCGCGGGGACGGACCGUCGGCUUAAAGACAUUCAUAGUGUCGCGCCUGUCAGAAGAUUUCCCACAAAGAUUUUGUAGUUGACGAAAAAUAACCUGGCGUCGAGUUCCACCUCCGCACGCUGUCUCUCCUUACAUGUUUUAUUCAAACAAAGACAAAAAUUAUUUGUUCCAAGCAGUGAUCUGCAGUCAUUGUCCACAUUUACAAAACAAAACUCAGUGAGUGAUGUUGCUACUAUUGGUAGCGGUUCAAUAAAAUGUGACGUUUUCAGGCAUUGAAACCC